CUAAGUUGCUUAAUUGACGGAUUCUUAGUUCUACAUUAUUUAGUAUUUGGAUCGAAUUGGUACUUGGCUUUACCUUGUGAUAAAAAAAAAACUGAAAGUCUUUGAAGGUUGAGGAGAGUGAGGCAGUGCUUAGUUAUGGGUAUUCCACAGACUGUUUCAGAUGAGGAAGCUCAGGAAGCUUUCUCCUCUUCUUCAAGUUUCACUUUUUCUCAAAGCCUUCCUGUGAAAAGAGAUGGUGAAGGAAGCCUCUGCUCCUCAACGGAUAAGGUUCAUUGGAGUCGAAAUGAAGUUAGAAGGAUAGUUGGUUUCGAGUCUAAUGAAACUAGCUCGUCGAGUAAUGAACAUGUUAGCGGAUCGCAUCAAGUAGAUAUAACUGGUGGUGGGUCGUCGUUAGUCAGGAAACGAGUAAGCUCUCCUUUGAGCACGCUUUUCCCCGAGAAGUUUAGAGGCGACCAGCUCGAUAUCCACCAACACGUGACGUCUGCUGGUCUUUCUGAUCACAAAAAGGCCAAUAUCUCUGGGAGAUCACAUCUCUCGUCCCACAGGAGUAGUAAACUUUCAUCUAAUGCUUUCACGGACGGUCCACUGCUUGAUUCCAAUGAUCAAGUACCCGCUAAGCCGUUACCAUGCCAUAAAAAUAUAUCUGUCUCGUCUACACUUUCUCUGUCACCUCUUGGCCCGAGAUUUUCUGAGAGAAUGAAAGCUUUACAAAAUGGGAAGAUUUUUGACGAUGGCGUCUGUUUAAGCCCAAGGAAUACAGGUGAAGAAGCUGAACUCAGGACCCGUCAUCAUACUUUGUUUGAUGAUGCUAAUACUAUACAGAGAGCCUUUUCAAUGGAGAGAGGUAUCGAAUCAGUUGCUAAUACAUCUCCAUGUAAAAGGUUCGGUAGAAGCUUGAGUGGGCGUUCAAUUCAAAGAUCGUUGAUUGGUUCUUUUGAGGAGUCACUCCUGUCAGGAAGAUAUUCAUAUGGGCAAACUAAUCAGAUCGAUGGGUUUCUUGCCAUUCUUAGUAUUGCUGGUGGAAACAUCUCUCCAAAAGCACAGAAGCUUCCUUUCUCAGUAACAAGUGUUGGUGAUGAUUGCUUCUUAUUAUACUAUGCCUCCAUAGAUCUCUCUGGUGGAUCUUCGUCACAUAAAUUAAAAAAGAACCAGGAUAACUCUGAUUCUCAGACCAUUAACAGCCGGUUGCGGAUCCCUAUAAAGGGUCGGAUUCAACUGGUUUUAAGCAAUCCUGAAAAGACACCUCUUCAUACGUUUCUCUGUAACUAUGACUUAACUGAUAUGCCACACGGUACAAAGACUUUCCUGCGGCAAAAGGUUACUCUGGCCUCCUCUGUUCCGACCAAAGCCAAAUCUCAUUUGGUAGAUGGAUUUCAUUCCCUACCUGAGUGUGAGAACACGAAGUGCCGUGAGACUUACAGAGAAACAGGGCAAUGCUGUUCAAAGUCUGGAGUCUUACGCUACGCUCUUCAUCUUAAAUUUCUUUGCCCUUCCCGUAAGAAAGCUUCUAAAUUAGGUCAGAAGAAAAGCUUGGAUGAUGAAGAGAGGAGAUUCUAUUUGUACAAUGACUUGAGAGUCGUGUUUCCUCAACGGCACACUGAUUCUGACGAAGGAAAGUUGAAUGUGGAGUAUCAUUACCCAGAGAAUCCAAGAUACUUCGACGUGACCAAUUGAAACUCCCAUUCAAAAGUUGCACGACAUUUUUGUCUCCUUUUGUCAGAAGGAAACAAAUAAGAGAAUUUUGCAGAUAAAAUAAAAUAAAGAAUAAUCUCUUCUCUUCUUUUGUUUUUUUUUUGUCAAUAAAAGGGUAAAU